CUGGUGGAAAACAUGGAACUGGAUCUGGCUCCUAAAUCUCUGGACCUAGGGCUCCACCUGCCGUGUGAAAACACACGGGGGGGCUGCCAAGCUUCACGGCCAGGACGGUUUAACGAAAUCCAUUAGAUCCCCAGUGGACAUGAUUGUGACUCAAGAAGCUCCAAACUGAGAGGGGCUUUUUUUUGUUGUUAAACAUGACUUGCUGUAUGAUUGCAUUGUGCCUUUGGGUGACAACUGCAAUAUAUACAGUUGGUACAGUUCCAUUCAUUGUCCAUUCCCAGCUGAAUAAAAGCGGCAUAAAAGUGAAAUCACAAUCCUCAUCCAUUAAAUGGCUCGUUAUGGUCCCUGGACCCCAGUUUGGGGAUUUAGAAAGCAAGACAAAAGCGGUGUGCCCGCUAGGGGUCUACUAGGCAAACAUCGAGCAAUUGAUAGAAUUCAUACAAGCAAUGGAAAUGUUAUUUGAAAAUUUGAAAAAUUAAAAUGAGUCAUUUAAUAUAAAAAAAUGUUGACUUUCCUCCAGAUAACAUGCGUAAAUUAAAAUAAAUGCAUACCUAAUGUCCUUCCAUGGCAAUCUACUUUUCCAUUAUAUCCUUUCUUAUUAUAUUCUCACUUUUUUUGUCAUUAAUUGUUCUCUAAUGAAGACACUGGACAUGGGCUGUGCAGGAGCGAGUUUGGAGUUUACUUGGCUGUCACCAUAAUAUUUACAAGCAUUGUGUGCAUAGUGUCCCGCUGAUGCAUUACAGGAUUACUUAGUGUAGGCUACUUCUUUUUCAUUAGGGAUGAGCCCUCUGUGCCUGAAGAUCAGAGGGUGACAUGCGCACUGCGCGGAGCGCUCACAAGCCGCGGACACAAUGCUGGAAAAUAAAGCGCACAGCUUGGUUCUUGAUAUCUUGCCGUUUCUCCAUAAGCUGUUAUGACUUGUCCCAUCGGGAAAGUGUCAUUCUUUGUAUUUGCUACAGGUAAAUUCACCCUGCGGACUGGUGGAGGUGGUGAAUCUGCUGUGCUUGGAGCUCAGUGGGGACCUGUUGAUAGCCCACCGGCGCUGCAAUGGAGGUGCCAGAAAGAGAAGAAUGACAUUUAACUGAGACAAAGAGUCACAAAAGAAAGAGUUCAUCCAAACAAUCUGUCAGGCUACGAUGGAGAUCAUGGAUACUCAGCGUGCCUUGGAGGCUGUGGAGAGACUGCAAGCCAAACUGAAGGAGAGAGGAGAGGCCCCCACGCAGGAGAAACUCUCCCUGCUAAAGACUGUCCUGCAGAGCCCCCUGUUCCAUCAUAUACUCAGCUUACAGCAAGCUCAGCGGAAGCCCCCACCGAAGUCUAACCAGGGGAAGGGUAUUUCCAAAUCUGUUUCAAUGAACUGUGGCCCCUGCCAGGGCAUGGUACAGGGCAUGAGUCAUAGUGACUCCUACACAUGGGCCAUGGAGAACCGAAGGCCCAGCACUGCCAGAUCCGUCCACAAGGAUGGCAGCAUAUCUUCUCUGGGAUCACAGGAUCUGUCCUUCACAGACAUCUACCCAGACAACUGCAUUCACACUGAAUCACAGUACUGCACUCCCCCUCGAAUCUCCCGCACCAUGUCGAUGGGGAGAAACCUGUCUGCUAUUGCUCAUGAGAAACGUCAUGUGGAGAUGAUAGAGCUGAUCAAUGAUGGGAAAGGGCUCGGUUUUGGCAUCAUAGGAGGCCGGAGCACAGGAGUGAUGGUCAAGACCAUCCUCCCUGGUGGAGCUGCAGGACAGGAUAAGCGCCUGCGUAGCGGAGAUCAAAUCCUGCGCAUCGGAGAUACAGAUCUGGCGGGAAUGAACAGCGAACAGGUGGCACAGGUACUGCGAAAUGCUGGUAACAAGGUGAAACUGCUCAUCGCCAGGGAUAUUACCAAGGACAACCACCUUUCCUCUCCUGUCCUCAGCCAGGAUAGCUUGGAAGACAAGCUCAAUGACUUGAAUGAUGACUAUGAGUUCAAUGUGCAGUUCACUAAAAACAGUCGUGGCCUGGGAUUCACCAUUUCUAGCUACAUAGGCGACCUAAACUCAGUCUACAGCGCUGGUGUUAUAGUGAAGAGCAUAGUGAAAGGCAGCACUGUGGAUCAAGAUGGACGCAUCCACAUUGGUGACAUCAUCCUAUCUGUGGAUGGGGUGAGCCUGCAGGGCUGCAGUGAGCAGCGUGCCAUGGAGGUGCUGAGGAGGACGGGUCCACUGGUCAGACUGAGGUUGCUAAGGAAGUCUGUCUGUCUGAGCCACAUUCUGCCCCCAGUUCCUCCCCUGCAGCCCCUCCGACACUCCCACAGCUUCCACGAGGGAAAUCCCUACAGACUGGGCCUCAACAAGAUUCAAGAGACAGGAAUCUGCUCGCUGCGUGAAAUCUCCCGGCGAGCGGCAUACGCCAACAGAAAACCCCGACACGAUUCCAGAAACGGAGUGAAACUGGCGCCGGCUGAGGAGGAAGACCUGAGGAUGAGGUGGCAGCGUGCAGUCGGGCCGCGAUAUGAAGUUAUUGUUUGUCAUCUGGAGCGUUUCAGUGAGACAAGUGGUCUUGGUAUCAGUCUGGAGGCUCGGGCAGGACAUCAUUAUCUGUGCUCCGUUUUACCUGAGGGGCCUGUGGGCCAAAGUGGCAAGAUCUUCAAUGGAGACCAGAUAAUGGAGGUGAAUGGGAUCCCUCUCAUUGGAGAGACACAUAAGGAGGUGGUCAAUAUUUUGAAGGAGCUGCCGAUGCACGUUUGCCUGGUGUGUUCUCGCAUCGUACCCCCUGUAAUUCCCGACAGCGAUGAGGAAGAUGACGACGAUGAUGUCCGUCUCACCCUGAAAGAGCUGCUGGCCGAGUUCAAUGACAAAUUGGACCAGGGCUGUGUCAUUCCCUGUCCUACGGCUGAGGACAUCACCAAGCGUGGUGUGCCCCCCAUGUCACCUCCUCUGGCCAUGUGGGAAAGAGAGGCUCAGGUGGUUGAGCUGGAGAAAGGCGAGUCGGGACUGGGCUUCAGUAUCCUGGACUACCAGGAUCCAGAAGAUGCCACUAAAACAGUUCUUGUAAUCCGGUCCUUGGUGGCUGGAGGUGUAGCAGAUCGUGAUGGCCGCCUGCUACCUGGUGACCGACUCAUGUUUGUUAAUGAAACCGACUUGGAAGGCUCCAGCCUGGAUUAUGCCGUGCACGUCCUGAAGUCCACCGGCUAUGGCCCUGUCCACAUUGGAGUUGCCAAACCACUGCCGCUGGAACUGUGUGGUGGCUUAACGCCCAUCUCAGAGAGGAGCACGCGGGCUUCCUGCGAUGACACUGACAGCCACACUCAGGUCAGCCUGCUAGCUGAGGCAGGGGACGCUAACACCAACACUUUCAACUCUGAGGACAACAGCAUCACCCAGCAGCAUUACACGACAACGGAAAAUCAGCUGCGUCAUCGUUUCGGCAUCAUGGAAGAUGACGAUAGGCAGCAAGCACCUCCACUGCCCCCCCGCACCAGCUUUGAGAGGACAAUCACUGUUGUCCGGGGCAACCGUAGCCUUGGGAUGUCGGUGAGUGCUAUCAAGGACGGCUCAGGCAUGCUGGUACGCAGUGUGGUCCAGGGGGGCUCUGUUAGCCAGGAUGGCAGGCUGGGGGUUGGGGACGCCAUCUUGGCCAUCAACGGAGAACCUACCUCCAACCAGACCAACGCCAGGGCCAGGGCCAUGCUCCGGAAACACUCUGUCAUAGGGCCAGAGAUGAGAUCUACCCAUGCAGAUCUUGACGGUCUGUGUGACUCGAAUGACAUAACCUAUGUCCCGGCCCAUCAGGUGGAUGAGUAUCGUACCUAUCUGUGUUUACCCUCUCUGGCAUCCAUCGCAGCAGACAUCGCCUCUUCCUCACCCACCCCACCAAACCCAUCUCCAGAACCUGCCUCGGCCCCGGCCAGUUCCCUCGGUCCAGUCAGAGGUGUAGCUCCGUCUCCAGCUUCAUCCACCCUCAAACACCCUGCCUCAGUUGCAUUUAAAGCUGCAGCUCCAGAUCCAGCAGUAGUCAGAGCCUCUGUUUCAUUCAAAGGCCCCACCAUCAACCUGGCCCCAGACUCAAGUUGGCAGAUUCCAAAAUCUCUUCCUCACAAGAACAGAGGGGAAGGAAAAGAAGAUGGAGAGACUGUGGGAGAGAAAAGGGACAAGAGUAGUGUAGAUGGGAAAGUUACAAAGAUGAAGGCGGAGAUAAAGGUGGAUGGUAAAGAGGAGGGAGAACGGGAGCUCCAUUCUCAUACCACGGUGACUUGGGAUCAACCCAGAAGUUUGCGGCUGACUCGAGCACCAGGCCAGUCCCUGGGCAUCAGCAUAAUGGGAGGCAGAGGCAUGGGCCGAAGACUGAGCAGUGGAGAGAUGAUGAGGGGAGUCUUCAUCAAGCACAUCAGCCCCGACAGCCCGGCAGCACAUAAUGGUACCCUACGGACUGGAGACAGGAUACUAGAGGUGUGUGGUGUGGACCUAAGAGAUGCCAGCCAUGAGCAGGCGGUGGAGGCCAUCCGCAGGGCUGGAGACUCUGUCAUCUUCCUGGUCCAGUCCGGACAACAGAGAUCUCAGUCCCCUAUGCUUACCAACCAUGAGAGGCUAACUCCAGCACCACAGUCCAGCUCACACAGCAGCAAGGAAGCAGAGACUCUCAGUGGUCUGUUCCUUAGUCUCUCCCAUACAAACCCCUUCACUCCCACCCCCUUUAAGGUACCUUCGUCGACAUCAGAUAGAAUGGAUUGGAGAAGCCCCAUAACUGCCACCUCACCUAUCACGAUGGCAGCUGAAGACGAGGAUGACACUGGCUGGAAAAAGAUGCUUCAGCGUUAUGGCAGCCUGUCUGGGAAGCUCCAUAUGAUUGAGCUGGAGAAGGACCCUGCGGCUCAUGGCCUGGGAAUCAGCCUCACAGGGAACAAGGAUGGGUCCAGGGCCCGCAUGAGUGUCUAUGUGGCGGAUAUAGAUCCUCAGGGACCUGCUGGUAUAGAUGGGAGGAUAUGGGUUGGAGAUGAGCUACUGGAGAUCAAUGGUCAGAUCUUGUACGGACGGAGUCACCAAAAUGCGUCCACCAUCAUCAAUAACGCUCCGUCUAAAGUCAAGAUAAUUCUCAUCAGGAAUAAAGCAGCUAUGGGUCAAAUGACCCAGGGAUCCAGAACAGAGUGUGAGGACACAGUCGACUCCCAGACAAACUCUGCAGAGCCUGGAGGAUUAUCCACAGACACCCAGCACAUCAUCCUACCUCAGGAUCACGUUGGUCUUGGCCUCUGCCUGGCAGAGGAGGAGUCCAAGGAAGGAGUGGUGGUCAGGUCCCUGAUUCAGCACGGCACUGCCAGUAAGGAUGGCAGGAUAAAGGUUGGAGAUAGAAUUGUAGCAGUGGGUGAUGAACCUGUGGCAGGACUGUCAAUGGACAAGGUUUCCAGCUUGAUUCUCAAACACCGGGUCACUGUCAAGCUCUCCAUCAGCCGCUCCAAGAGUCUCUCCUGCUCAUCUUCUCUACCUCCCCCAGCAUCUCUUUCCUAUCCUUGCUCUCUGUCUCCUGCUUCUGCCCUAACCCUCUCUGUCUCCUCCUCUUCUUCACCCCUUAAUACAUUGCAGACCUCUCCUACAGGGCGGUCUGAUUGGCUAGGAUCAGCUCCUACAACGUCUGACCCCCUGAGCUGCCCAGUCUUGGCUGGCAGGGAAACCACCAUAGAGAUCUGUAAAGGAAAUGUAGGCCUGGGCCUCAGUAUCGUAGGAGGAUUUGACACUCUGCUGGGGGCAGUAAUAAUCCAUGAAGUAAACGAUGGAGGAGCAGCACAGAGAGAUGGAAGGCUGCAGUCUGGAGACCAGAUAUUAGAGGUAAAUGGUAUAGACCUGCGGCAGGCCACUCACGACGAGGCUAUUGGCGUGCUGCGUCUCACCACCCAGCGGGUUCGCCUGUGUGUCUUCAGGCACCAGGAGGCCUACAGGGAGGAGGACCUGUGGGACGUCUUCAGCCUGGAGCUGAGGCCUCGUCCUGGAGAGGGGAUUGGGUUCACCACUGUGGGGAAGAGUAAUGACACGGGCAUCUUUGUGUCAGACGUCAUCAGAGGAGGCGUAGCAGAUUCAGAUGGCAGGUUGUUGCUAGGUGACCAGAUUCUGUCAAUCAAUGGGGAGGAUGUUCGUGCAGCAUCACAGGAAUAUGCACAGAAGCUUCUACAGAGUUGCACUGGAGCGGUCCAACUGGAGGUGGCUCGUUUUAAAGCAGGGCUGCAGUACUCACAGCAGAAUCAGGAGUACUUUAAGUUUUGUUUUAUCCAGAGCGAAGACUCCAACUGUUCCACACUGACCACCUCAAGUGGAUGUGAUGCUUCACUCAGCCAGCAGAGGGAGACCGAUGACAAAACAGGGAGCUACUCAUUUCAAGACUACCCUGACAUCAGAAAAGUAAUAAUACAAAAGGGUCCAUGUGACUCACUGGGCAUCAGUGUAGCAGGAGGAGUGGGCAGUCCCCAUGGCAACAUACCUCUUUUUAUUGCUACCAUGGAUACCAAUGGACUGGCUGCCAAAACACAGCAAUUACAGACAGGAGACAGGAUCCUCAGUAUCAAUGAUGUGUCCCUGGAGGGAAUGACUCAUGUCCAAGCUGGAGUCCUGUUGAAGAACGCCACCGGAGCCAUCAGUCUGCAGGUGGCAUCGGGUUCUGGAGGGUGCAGCACAAAGGAAAUCAAUGAUGUGCAUGCCCAGUCAUCAGGCCAGUCCGGGAGCCUGCCCCGCUUUCACAACAACCUCCGUGCUCGCAUGUAUAAGACCAUCACUCUGGAGAGAGGCUCAUCAGGCCUGGGCUUCAGCAUCGUCGGAGGGUUCGGCAGCCCGCAUGGAGACCUGCCGAUCUACAUCAAAACCGUCUUCAACAAGGGGGCAGCCAUAGAGGACGGCAGGCUGAAACGUGGAGAUCAGAUCAUUGCUGUGAAUGGACACUGUCUGGAGGGCGUGACUCACGCUGAAGCUGUGGACAUCCUGAAGAAGACCAAGGGAACUGUAGUUCUAACUGUACUCUCCUGAGAUACAGCCCAUUGUGUGUUAUCUCAUUCGGUCUUUGCAAAGUAGCCCAUAAAAUAACGUAGCUGCCUCCUGUAGGACUGCAAAUCUGAGAAGGCAAAUGUAAAAGUAAAGUAAUAUUUGUUUAGUUUAAAAUCAUAAAAAGGGUAGAAGAGUAAAGGUAUUUAGUUUGGGGAAGCUACCUCUAACUGCACAGACAGCCUGGGUGUGUUUACAUGCACACAGUAUUCCCGAUAUAAACUCAUAUUCCUAUGAAGGUAUUGUUUUUUUAACUAAUGUAUUUAAGUUAAAUGAAUCCUAUGUCUCUAUAUUCAUAUAAACAGAAUAUUUUUUAAAUGACCAUGGAAGCGAUGCUCACCGAAACCAAAGCACCACAAGCUGAUAUUAAAUAAGCCAAUACCGCAGUGUCCCAAUUGAUGUCUUAGUUAUCCUGUUCAAGGUAUUUUAAAUAUAGUUAUGCAUUGAUAUGCGUCAUUGCCCACGUAAACGCACUCAUGAAUAAAUUACCAUCCACCAUAUAUAUGAAUACAUUAGAAAUAUCUCUCAAGAAACCAGAUUACAUGUUUUUACUGCUGUUCUAGACUACUGUUCAUUCAGAGUUAACUACUGUGAUAAACUCCUAAGACCCCAAAACAUGCCAAGUGCUUCUGCCAAUCUUUUGUAUGGCAAUAAGGUUUUAGGACAUUUUCUUUAAAAGUCUUUUAUUCUUUACUUUCAUAUUUUCAUCAUUAAAUGAGUGUCAUGAUUGCUUGAAUAAUCAAUGUAUUGUGCGUGACAUGUUAAUAAUUAGCAAUGAUAACCACCUUAUGUUAAACAGGUAGAAUAGGAAAAAAAAUCUAAAUUUGUUACAUCUGUUACAAGCAGCUGUUAAUACCAGUUACUUUAAAUAUCAGCUGUGCGAGAUUUAUUUAUUGAUUUAUUAAUGUUUUCAUAAUCUUUAACUUCAUUGGUUGUUUUUUUUUAGGACUUCCAAUAAGUAUUGUUACAGUUUAAUGUGCAAUCUUUAUUUAGAAACCUUCUCAUACCUGUUUUAUAUGAAUUUAUUUAUACUGUGAUAUUUAUGAUUUCUUCACAGUCAAUUUAUUUCAUUUAUGUCAGUAGUCCUGAGAGCCACAACACAAACACACACACCUGUGUGUUUGGCAUUGUGUAACUGUAUAACUGAAUGUACUGUAAGUGAUCUUAUUAAAUGUUCAUUUGUUAGA